GUGUGUGUACAGCGACUGCAGGAAUGCAGGCUGCAUUUAGAACCCAAGGUCUCUGUCCUGGGCCACUUCCAAAACGUCCUCCAAGCUAGUGGGAGGGCCUGUGACAGCCCGACCUUCCCUGCCAGCGUUAAUCCCUACGGUGUCAGAAUGACCAUUAUCUUGGAAUCCCAGUUUUUCUUCCAGUCUGACUCCCCCAUCAGAAUGCUGUCCUGACAGAUGGGCUGUAAGUGUACGAGUACACACCCUGCCUAGAUCUUGGAGGAAUUGCUCCAAUGAAUGAGACAUCAGGGUCUGUAGGGAACACAAUAAGCAAGAAGUAGCAGCAACCACGGGCACUGCAAAUGGUGCAGCUGCAUGGUCCCAGGUCAAGGACUGACCUGAAUAACCAAGAGCGAGAGGCCGGGCCAAAGCCUGCGGGUAUGAAACCUGCCCAGCCAAGAGCGAGAGGCAGGGCCAAAGCCUGCGGGUAUGAAAUCUGCCCAGGGCAUAGCGACUGUCUGGUUGGCAUCUGAGAACAUGCACCUUUUGAGUAGGGAGUUCAGCUUAUGUUGAAAGAUGGAGGAUUCGGAGUCAGAGUUCAACCUGAAAGUCGUCCUGGUCAGUUUUAAGCAGUGUCUGACGGAGGAUGAAGAGGUACUGCUGGACCACUACAUCAACAGCUGGAAGGGCCUGGUCAGGUUUCUGAAUAGCCUGGGCACCAUCUUCUCAUUCAUCUCCAAGGACGUGGUCUCAAAGCUGCAGGUCAUGGAACAGCUGCGGAGCAGCCCCCAGCGUGAGCACUACACCAGUCUGCAGUCCAUGGUGGCCUACGAGGUUGGGAACAAGCUGGUGGAUAUGGACCGCCGCUCUCGUCACCCCGACUCGGGCUGCCGGACCAUGCUGCGUCUGCACCGUGCGCUGCGCUGGCUGCAGCUGUUCCUGGAGAGCCUGCGCACCAGCCCGGAGGACGCACGCACGGCGGUGCUCUGCACUGACUCCUACAACGCCUCCCUGGCCGCCUACCACCCCUGGAUCGUGCGCCGGGCGGUCACGGUGGCCUUCUGCACCCUGCCCACCCGCAAGGUCUUCCUCGAGGUCAUGAACGUGGGGUCCCCUGAACAGGCCGUAGAGAUGCUGGGUGAGGCCCUGCCCUUCAUUGAGCAUGUGUACGAGGUUUCCCAGAAGCUCUAUGCCGAACACUCCCUGCUGGACCUGCCCUAGGGACCAACGCCAGGCCCAGUGGGCCUCCCUUGCCUGGAGCUGGGCCGGGGCAGCCUGGGGCCCUCACAGUCCACAGCAGGGCUUGCUGAAUACCACAGGCUCUAGCAGGAAAGGCGGUGGGCCCCAGAUCAGAAGCACAGGGUAGCUGCCCUCCUGGGCCUGGACAACAAGCCUGAGCCCAGCUUCUACCUCAGCCUAUGCAGUGUAUGUGGCCAGGCUGCCCGAGGUGUGGAAGGUGGAGGAGGCAGAGCCAGGAAUAGCCAGGAUGUUGCCACACCACUCAGGUGUGGAAUCCACGAAGUGGUGAGAGGUCACAGACUCUGGCACCACGAGGCUCCGUCUUCCCUCCAACCGAAGUGCCCAGCCCGUGAUUCUCCCUGUGUCUGCCCCUGGCCUGGGACACAGCAUUUGUGCAGAUGGGCAGCCCUGGGCCCCUGGGCCUCAGCCCUUCCAUGCUACCAUACCCCUAGAAGGGUGAGCGUCCGAGGGCGCUGCACCCUCUGCUUGCCUCUUGGCUUCCCUCUUACUGACACCUCUGCACGCUGAGCAGGCCAUACAGGCAACUUGACCCUGGCUUUUCUAGAAGGGCCCAAGAAGACCACCUCCUCCACACCCCUGUGUGGCUUCCUCCCUGAGGGACACCCCAGGCUCCCGCAGUGGUGCUAUUGCAGGCUCCCCCGGCACAACCUAAGGCUCUGGGGGCCCAGCACCGCUGGCCAGCCCUUACCCUCCUCAGCCAGCACCCGGGAGACGUCCUGUCCUGCCCCUGUCCCUUGGUGCCCAGGAAAUAGGUAAGGUGUUACUGGCAGAAGGGGGUGGGUGGGCCCUGGCCUAGCUGAUAGACAACCAGAUGACCAGGCCCAGCUCAACAUCGCCCAGCACUUAGGGGCGUGGCCUCUCCUGACUUCCUGGGGGCCCCAAGCCAGACCCCUGAGCACAGCACUGCAAUGUGCAUAAAGCAAGUGUUUGGUCCGCCACGCCCUGGAGCCCUGUGCCACCUGUGCUAUUCCCAACGUGAAUAAAUGACUCUUAGGACUGAG